AACUAACCAAAUGCAAAAAGCACUAUCCACUUCAGCUCUUCCUCUGCUCUUUUUAUCCUGCCCCAGGAAUUGGAAGCAACUGAAGCGAGACCAAGCUACAAUUUUUUAUCUCUUAAGUGAUCUGAGCUCUGGGGCUGGAGCUCCACCAUAGUGUGGGAAGGUACAGCAUGGAUCACAUAGGGGCUCAUCACCUGCACCAGAGCCAUGCAGAGCCCAUCAGCUUUGGAAUUGAUCAGAUCUUGAACAAUUCAGAUCAAGGGAGUUGUAUGAUUUCCAGUUCCAGGCUCCAGGAUUCAGACUAUGGAUUGGGAUGCAUUGUGAGCAGUGCCUACAACACCAUGACAGGCAGCUACAGCAACAACAACACCGGCGGAUACAACAGCAGUGCCUGCAGCAUGGCCUCCCUGACAGGCUCUUACAAUAUGAACAUGGGGAUGAACAUGAAUGGGAACAACCUCAAUGCUGCUGGGGUGAUUAGGGUUCCUGCCCACAGACCUCUGACUGGCAGCGUGCACCAACCUAUUUCCACUGGAAUGCCUACUGUACCCAGUGUGGGGGCAAUGAACAAUAUGAACAACCUGACAGGGUUAACUUUCCCCUGGAUGGAAAGUAAUAGGAGGUAUACUAAGGACAGAUUCACAGUGGCCCUCUCACCCUUCACUGUAACACGCCGUAUAGGUCACCCGUACCAGAACCGGACACCGCCCAAGAAGAAGAAGCCGCGGACUUCCUUCACCCGCCUGCAGAUCUGCGAGCUGGAGAAGAGGUUCCACCGGCAGAAGUACCUGGCCUCCGCCGAGAGGGCCGCCCUGGCCAAGGCGCUGAAGAUGACCGACGCCCAGGUGAAGACCUGGUUCCAGAACCGCAGGACCAAGUGGAGAGUCACCUUUCAAGAAACUUGUCAAUGCAGCAAAACUGGAAUACCUUCAGGUCCACCUUUAGCCGCACCUAAGGAUUCAAGAUUUCUUAUGACAACAUAAAAAUGUCUAUGCAUCUUGCACCUGAGAACAGAUGUGGAUGUAGAGAAGAUAGACUACACUGUUUAUUAUUUAGUUUUUGUUCAUAGAGUUUACAUUGGUCACUGUGUUCUUCUCCAGAUCAAAAACUUCAGCAUUACAGACUGGGCGCUCUACUGGGUCUCCUCAUACCUCACCAAAUAAACAUUUCAUGGUUUACACUCGGACACCAUCUACUGAACUUCUUCCCAUGAAUUUCACGGUCAUCUUUACACUUAUAACAAUCAGAUUUACCUCUUCAACCCAGAUUAUACUCAAUCCACUCCAUCCAAAGUUCCAUAGUGUCUGUCAGCAAUGUCCUCCUUCUUUUCCUCCAACUUCCUAAACCUCCGCCUGGAUAAAACUAAAGUCAUCAUCUUUGCACCACCAUCUAACCUAUACCUGCCAACAAUCCUGAAUUUGCUGCUGCUGUCUCAAUUUUUUUGGAAAUAUUCCCAAAUAUUUGUCUGGGGCAUUGUUUUUGGGUGACAGCUUUUUUUCCUAUAAAAUUAUCUGUUUGUAUCGUAAUGGAGUAAUCCAAUAGAUGAUGGACGGUAUUAUUUACUACCCACUCCUUGUGGGAUUGCAAUUCUAGCUGUGUUACAGUCAGAGAUACACCCAAGUGAAGCGGGAGCUGCAUAUAUCUGUUAUGUUGCGGCCUUAUGCUAAAAUAAACAUACAUUCUGUUUUCUACAUCAUUUUGCACUCAAUAACCCAUAAUGAGAACAUGAAAAAAUUAUGUUCAGAAUCUUUGCUUAUUUAUUGAAAAAUAAAAACUCAAAUCUUUCAUUGACAUAAGUUUUCAGACGCUUUACUCAGGACAUAGUUGACGCACCUUUGGCAGUGAUUACAGCCUCCAGUUUUCUUGGGUAUGAUGCCACAAGGUUUGCACAUCUGGAUUUGGGGAUUUUCUGCCAUUCUUUACUGUAGAUCCUAUGACGCUCUGUCAUGUUGGAUGGGGACCAUCGAUGGACAGCCAUUUUCAGUUCUCUCCAGAGAUGUUCAAUUAGGUUUAAGUCAGGGCUCUCGCUGGGCCACUCAAGGACAUUCACAUAAUCAUCCCUAAGCCAGUCCUGUGUUUUCUUGGCUGUGUGCUUAGGGUCAUUGUCUUUUUGGAAGGUAAACCUUCAGCCCAGUCUGUGGUCCCAAACACUCUGGAUCAGGUAUUCAUUAAAAAUAUCUCUGUGCUUUGCUCCAUUCAGAUUUCUCUCAGCCCUGACCAGUCUCCCUGUCGAAAAACACCCCAACAGCAUGAUGCCGCCACCACCGUGCUUCACUGUAGGAAUGGUACCAGGCAGUUGGUGAGCAUUGCCUGGUUUCCUCCAGACAUGAUGCUUAGAAUUGAGGCCAAAAAGAUCAAUCUAGGUUUUAUCAAACCACAGAAUCUUGUUUCUCACAAUUUGAGAGUCCUUUAGGUGCUUUUUGCAAACUCCAGGUGGCUUUCAUGUGUCUUUUGGUGACGAGAGACUUCUUUCUGGCCACUUAGCCAUAAAGCUUAAAUUGGAGCAAUGCUGCAGUGAUGGUUGACCUUCUGGAACAUUAUCCUAUCUGCACACAGGAUCUGUGGAGCUCAGCCAGAGUGACAAUUGGGUUCUUGGUCACCUCUCUUACCAAGGCCCUUCUCCACCAAUUCCUGGUUGUUCCAAACAUCUCCCACUUAAAAAUUAUGGAGGCCAUUGUGCUUUUGGGAGCUUUCAGUACAGCAGAAAUGUUUUGUACCCUUCUACAAGUCUGUGAUUGCACACGCUUCCUAUUAAAUAAAUUUUGCAAAAAUUUCAAAAAUUUUGUUUUCAUUUUCUUAUUAUGGGGUAUUGAGUGCAGAUUGAUAGGGAGAACUUGAUUAUUUUUAUUUAGCACAAGAAUGCAACAUAAGAAAAUGUGAAAAAAGUGAAAGGUCACAGUGGUACCGCCAGGUACUAGGUACCGCGAUGGGAACACCGGUGUCGUGCACAUUUGCGAACCUGUACCUGGCAGUAUUCGAAGAGACGUACGUCUUCUCGGUGGAUAACCCCUUCCUGCAGUCUAUCCACCUGUUUUUGAGAUAUGUGGAUGACAUUUUUCUGGUCUGGUCGGGGAGUGAAGCGUCUUGCCGUGCCUUUGUUGAUUACCUUAAUACGCGCAACCAGAUGAAUAUGAGAUUCACCAUCAAUUUUGGUGGUGGAUCCCUUGAUUUUCUGGACGUGCGCGUUACGGUCACAGAUGGUGCAGUACACACCAAGGGCUUCCGCAAGCCCACGGCGACCAAUUCGCUCCUCCACCAGACCAGCUUCCACCCGCCAUCGGUUAAGCGUGCUGUCCCGUACGGACAAUUUGUCCGCCUACGGAGGAUCAAUGACACCGAUGCCGGCUUCCUCAAACAAGCUGGCGAACUCAAGAGCAUGCUGCUGGACCGGGGUUAUCCAUCGAGGAGCGUCUCAGCAGCUCUUUGCAGGGCCGCCAAGCUGGAUCGCAAUUCCCUACUCAUGCAAAAAAGAAGUAAUACAACACCCCCCCCCCCCCCGUUUUGCCUUUUCUUUUAAGUACAGCUCUGCUGCUGUAGCAAUCAAACGGGCUAUCAAUGAGAAUUGGGAUCUAUUGAAGGGGGAUCCCUCUUUGAAUAGCUUCUCCAACCAACGACCCCUAGUUACAUUCAGAAGGUGCCAUACCCUUAAGGAUAAGCUGGUCAAAAGCGUUUAUAGCACACCGCAGGAAGAGACAUGGCUUAGGAAACCUAGAGGUAAUCACAAAUGUGGUCAUUGUUCCUUCUGUACACUUAAUACCUGUAGCAAAGGGUUAGAGAUAGGAGGAAUUAAGCACGUGGUACGUGAUUUCAUCAAUUGUCGUACAUCUUAUGUCGUAUAUGUUGUUUUUUGCCCCUGUAAACGAUUCUACAUUGGCAAAACCAUCCGCCCUUUAUUUGAACGGAUCCGUGAGCAUGUUGGUUCCAUACGGUCCGGCAGAGGUUGCCCACGUUUGAUUGAGCAUAUCCGCACCUCCCAUGAUGCCCACCCACAUUGCCUCUCCUUUGCAGGAGUGGAGCAUGUCAGACCCAUCCCUAGAGGGGUGGACCGGCAUCGCCUGCUUCUGCAAAGGGAGGCAAGGUGGAUUAUGCUCACUGGGGCCAUGGGAGCUGCAGGGUUAAACGAGAGGAACGACAUCUCAGUGUUCCUAUAAGGGCAAACCGUCACUGUCUUGAGUACCUGGUACAUUUGGCCUGUAGUAUGUGUUAAUUCAAGAAUCAUUGCGCAUAUCCUUAGCUAUAACGUGACUCAUGUAUUUAUCAUGAUUGAUAUCAUUGUAUCUAAAUUGUACCUUCUUUACCCCUGCUAUGCACUUUAGUAAUUGUCUCCCCGAUUCACAUGUUUUUAAAGUAAUGUCACUGAUUCGUGGCGCACAGCUGUGGCCAAUGGUGCCGGCCGCAUCUAGCCCGCCCCUAUAAAGCGCAAGUGUGCGCCAUGAUGUUCAUAGCGGCCAGAAGAA